CGGCUGGUCGACAGGUGGAGCUGAGCCGUGCGCCUCGCGCUCGGAGCCGCGCUCCCGGCCCCACCAUGGGCAACAGCGCGGGCCGCAGCGACUUCGAGUGGGUCUACACCGACCAGCCGCACACGCAGAGGCGCAAAGAGAUGCUCGCCAAGUACCCGGCCAUCAAGGCCCUGAUGCGACCAGACCCUCAUCUCAAGUGGACGGUGCUGGGGCUGGUGCUGGCGCAGCUGCUGGCCUGCUGGCUGGUGCGGGGGCUGGCGUGGCGCUGGCUGUUCUUCUGGGCCUACACCUUUGGGGGCUGCGUGAACCACUCGCUGACGCUGGCCAUCCACGACAUCUCGCACAACACGGCCUUUGGCACGGGCCGCGCCGCCCACAACCGCUGGUUCGCCAUCUUUGCCAACCUGCCCAUAGGCUUGCCCUACGCUGCCUCCUUCAAGAAGUACCACGUGGACCACCACCGCUACCUGGGCGGCGACGGGCUGGACGUGGACGUGCCCACGCGCCUGGAGGGCUGGCUCUUCUGCACGCCGGCCCGCAAGCUGCUCUGGCUGCUGCUGCAGCCCUUCUUCUACUCGCUGCGGCCGCUCUGCGUGCACCCCAAGGCCAUGACCCGCAUGGAGGUGCUCAAUGCCCUGGUGCAGCUGGCGGCCAACGCCACAAUCUUCUCCCUCUGGGGGCUCAAGUCCAUGGUCUACCUGCUGGCCAGCUCCAUACUGGGCCUGGGCCUGCACCCCAUCUCUGGCCACUUCGUGGCCGAGCACUACAUGUUCCUCAAGGGCCACGAGACCUACUCCUACUACGGGCCCCUCAACUGGAUCACCUUCAAUGUGGGCUACCACGUGGAGCACCACGACUUCCCCAGCAUCCCGGGCUGCAACCUGCCCCUGGUGCGGAAGAUCGCGCCCGAGUACUACGACCACCUGCCCCAGCACCACUCGUGGGUGAAGGUGCUCUGGGAUUUUGUGUUUGAGGACUCCCUGGGGCCCUUCGCCCGGGUGAAGAGGGUGUACAAGCUGGCAGAAGACCCCCUGUGAGCCUGACAGCUGGGGCCUGGCGUGGAUGGACCCUGCCGUGCGCUGGCCCUGCCGCGGGCUGCUGCGGCCGAGGGUAGGAGCGGCCUGUGUGCUCUGGUUGCUGCCCGGCCCCGCCCCACCCCUCCCCGCCCC